AUGGAUCAUCGACUGGUCUUUCAAAGCCCAGAUAUUCAAAAACAUGGUUCCGGCGCAGCUACCCGCUGGCAUCUGGUUCAAAAUGCUGCUUCCUCUCCCAGUCAGUGGAGUAGACAGACCGUGUCGCGCUUGGGAAUCACUUCUUCACGGAUAGCUUCAUUGCUUUGCCUUAUAUUUCCGAAGGGGGGUGAAGGAGAGGAAUCGGGUGACGAAGGAAAGUCAGAAGGGAAGGCAUACCCCUUAAGUCCCACAUAUCCUUCUCGAACAGCGCUUAGGCAUGAGGUCGACAAAAAGAUUGGCGCUGACUUCGUUGAUGAAGUGCAGUACCCCACUUUGAUCGCUAAGAAGGUCUGUGUCAAAGGUGGAACCUUCUUAGUGCUGCCUCCUUCCCUCAAUCAUCUUCAGGGUGCAAAAGAAAGAGGCGCUGGAGCUGAAAAAAGGCUUCUUUCUGCCUUGGCUCUAGGAGCAUAA